AUGUCAAGAAAAACGCCGCGCACACCAACGCAUGUACCAUUCCAGACAAAGACAAGAGCACAAAUUGCCGCGGAGGAACAGGCCGCUGCAGUUGCUAUUACCAGUGCCGAGAUAUUUGUUCGUGAAAUUGUAUGUAGAUACGGUGUUCCUCUUGAAGUUCAUACUAACAAGGGUCGUAAUUUUGACGCUAAACUAAUCAAGCAACUAUCCCAAUUGUUAGAUAUACAAAAGACUAGAACAACACCGUUACCCCCACAAUCAGAUGGCCAAGUAGAAAGACAUAAUAUGACAAUUCUUGACUACUUAGCUAAAUACAUAUCAGAUAAUCAAAAAGAUUGGGAUCGUUGGAUUGCCUUGUACCUUUUAGCUUACAGAUCUUCUAUUCAUGCCACAACUGAAACUAGUCCAGCUAAGAUGUACACCGGUUCAGACCUGAGACUUCCCUUAGACUUGAUGCGCGGACGUCUUCCUGAAGUAAAGAAUCCUCAUACAUGA